UCAGUUGCUUGCCGUCGCUUUACGCGUCGUCGUCGUCGUCGUCGUCAUUGUCGUUGUUCUUCAUUUGCGUGUGUGUGUGUGCGUGCAGCAAAAAAGUGUUUUUGAAAAGGUGGUAUUAUGGCAAUUUUGAAAUCUUCGGCAACCGCAGUGGCAGCAGCAGCAACAACAACAACAUUAAUAACAGUUCGAAUUUGUGGCACUAAUUUUUAAAAAAAAUUGUAGAAACAAUCGAAGACACACAACUCAUAUCGCCUGCAAAUCUGAAAUGCUAUAAAUACUGAAACAAAAAAGAGAAAUUGAAAGAAAACUAAGGAGAAAAUGUCAGCCACAUUAGUACAAAAAUCGACAGAUACUACACUCAAUUCCGAUACACAGCAGAAGCGGCAGAAGCAGCAACAAAGACGUGAGGCUACUGGGAGCGCGACAGCUGGGCUCUCAGCGGAUUUGGAGGAUAACGCGACAAUAGAAGCAGGAGCGACAGCGGCAGCGGCAGCAGGACACUUGGCGACCAUUUCGCUGCUGCUGCAAUACGAUAUCGACAACACGCUGAAUGCGUUCAAGGAGCACAGUCGGGCGCAAUUGAUGAAGCAGAAUGCGCUAAUGGAGACGGCACAGGCCGGGACGGAUGCGGCAGCAGAGGAGCAGAGCGCAACAACAUGUGUCAGCGGCGGAAACGGAAACUGCAGCGGCAAGGACAACCACAGCUCGGGCGCGGUCAUGCAAGCGGAUGUGGAGAGCAGUUGUACGAGACAAGCUGCCAAUAAGCAGUUGCUGCAAACGCAAACAAGCGGCGAGAUAUUGGAACUGGAGGUGGCCGAUAUUGUGGCAAAAGGGGGGCAAUUAUCAGCGGGUGGUGGUUGUUGCAUAAUGCCGCCCACGCCACCGGCCACGCCCAAUUUGCAGAAUACAGCGCAAAAGCGUUGGCGCAUUCUGGCCAAGGUGUUGCGCAAGGACUCUGAGGAGACGGUGAGCUCGUCCAGCGAUGAGUUCAGCGAGGAACAAACAGCGUCGGUGCGUAGAUUUAAGAGCUUUGAUUUGCUGCGUCAGGACAGCUUCGAGGAUCAUGUGAGUCUCAAUUGUCUGGGCAAGACAGAGAACUGGUACAAAUAUUGCAUGCAGCUGCACAACGAUGUCGAAUACUCGGUGAAUAUUCAUCAUAUGGAACGCCAGCUGACAGCCAACGAUCUCAUGGGCUUUAACAACACGGGCAACAUAUGCGUGUGGCCCUCCGAGGAGGCUCUGACCGCCCUCGUGCUGUCCGAUUUGGGCGCCUAUCGGGGCAAGUGGAUUCUGGAGCUGGGAGGCGGCUUCACCUCACUGGCCGGCCUCAUGCUGGCCAAAUACGCCAAACCCUAUGCCGUACACCUGACCGAUGGCAACGAGGUCUCGGUGGAGAAUGUGAAGAAGACUGUCUGCCUCAACGAGCUGAGCUGCUAUACGAAAUGCUCGGUCUUAAAGUGGCAGGAGGUGACCAACCGUUCGCCUGCCGAGCAGGCCAAGUUCGAGUUCAUACUCUGUGCCGACUGUUUGUUCUUCGAUGAGGCACGGUCGGCCCUGGUCGAUACCAUCUGGUAUUAUUUGGCCCCUCAUGGCAUGGCUCUGAUAAUGGCGCCUCGUCGGGGACGCACCUUGAAUGUGUUUCGUGAGGAGUGCAUGGCCCGUGGCUUCCAUGUGGAGCUGGCCAUUCGUUACAAUGAAACCAUCUGGCAGCGUCAUCUGCAGCUUAAAGUCGAUUCGGCACUAUACGACGAGGAUCUGCACUAUCCGUUGCUGUUGCGCCUAUUUAAGGUGCGCAGCUAGAAGUCCCCGCAGUGAUUUCAAUUAGAAUUUAGUCUAUUUUUUUAGUUCGUAGCAAGCAAAUUCCAGUUUACACAAACACACAUCAACACACCUCAACCAACACACCACACACAAACACACACAUUUUUUCAAAACGAGGCCAUUUUGUUUGCUUAAAACAAAGCAAAACGAAAAUAAUCUAAUACCAACAAAAGCUGCUUCACGUGCCUGGGUAGCCACAGACAACUGCCAGAAUGUGGCUGCAUGCAGCAAGGAUAACCAGAAUGCAAAGAAAAGGCCUCACCAAAAUUCCUUUUCCCACUUUGCAACCAUGUAGCAACAUUUUGUUACCUAGGCUGGUGCUUAAAACUAGCGGUUGAAGCAACUCAAUUGGAAAAACACAAAAAAGUAAUUCAGCACUGAGAAUAUGUUGUUUAAAUCUUUAAUUCUCUUAAAUCUCAUGAUAAAUCAAGCAUUCGAAUUUUUCGCUAUUUAACGUCCCUGCAAACAUUUCAAAAUUUUUACUAACAAUAUCGAUUCCAUCUCAGUGUAUUUCUAUUUUAUUUUGAGCCACAAAAUUCCAAUACCAUGAAUGAGACGAAAGACAAACCACUUCUAACUAGUUUUGAAUAAAAUUCGGUUGUUUCUACAUUUAAA